GGCCGGGAGGCCGGCCGGCGCUUCGGGCGGCGCCGGGGCCGGGGGCUUCUGCCGAGCGCCUCCGCGCUGGCGGCGGCCGGCCUGCUGUGCACCGCUCUGGCCGCCUUCUGCUGCUGGAGGCAGCUGCCGCCGCUGCCCUGGGCAUCCUCCGCCCCGCCGCGGCCGGUGGCCGUGCUGCUGUGGUGGGAACCCUUCGCGGGGCGCGACAGCGGCGCGAGGCCGCCCCCGGACUGCUGGCUGCGCUUCAACAUCAGCGGCUGCCGCCUGCUCACCGACCGUGCGGCCUAUGGGGAGGCCCAGGCGGUGCUUUUCCACCACCGUGACCUCGUGAAGGAACCCCGUGACUGGCCCCCGCCCUGGGGCGCCCCGGUGCGCGGGGCAGAUGAGCUGGAGUUGCGGGUGUUGGACGACGAGGAGGCGGUGGCCGCCGGAGCCCUGGCCACCUCGGGCCUCAGGCCCCCGGGCCAGCGCUGGGUGUGGAUGAACUUCGAGUCGCCCUCCCACUCCCCGGGCUUGCGGAACCUGGCGGGGAACCUCUUCAACUGGACCCUCUCCUACAGGGCCGACUCGGACGUCUUCGUGCCUUACGGGUACCUCUACCCCAGGACCCAUCCCAGCGACCAGCCGCUAGGCCUGGCCCCGCCGCUGGCCCGGAAACGGGGGCUGGUGGCCUGGGUGGUGAGCAACUGGGAUGAGCGCCAGGCCCGGGUCCGGUACUACCACCAGCUGAGCCAGCAUGUGUCGGUGGACGUGUUCGGCAGGAGCGGGCCUGGCCGGCCGGUGCCCAGCAUUGGCCUUCUGCACACAGUGGCCCGCUACAAGUUCUACCUGGCCUUUGAGAACUCGCAGCACCUGGAUUACAUCACCGAGAAGCUCUGGCGCAACGCGUUGCUGGCCGGGGCCGUGCCCGUGGUGCUGGGCCCCGACCGUGCCAAUUAUGAACGCUUCAUGCCCCGCGGUGCCUUCAUCCACGUAGACGACUUCCCUAGUGCCUCCUCCCUGGCUGCCUACCUGCUCUUCCUCGACCGAAACCCAGCGGUCUACCGUCGCUACUUCAGCUGGCGCAGGAGCUACGCCGUGCACAUCACCUCCUUCUGGGACGAGCCUUGGUGCCGGGCCUGCCAGGCUGUGCAGAGCGCUGGGGACCGGCCCAAGAGCAUACGCAAUUUGGCUCGCUGGUUUGAGCGGUGAAACCCUGGUGUGACCCAGGGAGGUCAGAUCGUCAACUUUUGACCCUCAGCUGCGCAUCUCCUUGGCUGGUCGAUUUUUCCAAACACCCGUUUUUACUCUACGGGGGAAAGGUGAUUUACCAAUUAAUAUGAUUCAGCAUAAAGACUGGGUAGGAAGGAUCCCUGGUUCUCAUGGUUUUGUUUUUUUUGUUUGUUUGGUUUUUUGGUUUUUUUUUUUUGCACAGCUAGCAGUUGGGCUCUGUCUGCUGUAGGUGGGCAUCAGUGUUCACCGGUGAAGAAGGGAGCCCUCCGUCACCUUGUAACCAGGAUGAGGUGAAACAGUAGCUUAACUACCAGAAGCCUUUGAGUCAGUUGCUCUUUUUUUCCUCAUCUGUCACAGGCUAUAUAGGUGGCCUGUGCUGAAUCCAAAUCCAUACACACUGCUCCUUGACUCACAUUGCACUGGGCGAAUGUGUAGCAAGCCCCCCGUUCCAGAAGGAGCCUUGUUGCAGAAUAGUGAAAGGACUGUGGCCACAAGUGGGUCUCAUGACUUCCUCAAAGUCUCAUCACCUAAAAAACGGUGAGGAGGGUGGUCCAAUGAUCCGUGGACUGUUCCUUAACAAGUACUGUUUGUUCCCCUGCCGUAUGAGUACAAAGACGAUGCUAGAUUGCCCUUGGGGAAGAGUUAGGAUGAAUAUACAGGUGUACCUCACUUUACACACACGUAUUUUUGAAACACUGCUUUUAAAUCAAAUCCCCAAUUCACUGCUUUAGGAGAGGUCAGUGUUUAAUGCAAUCCUCUGGAGAAUCCCUUUACAAUGUGAAUAAGCAUCUCCUAACUUAUUUCCUCUGUGUCUGUUUUUCUAUAACCAAAAUUUUUAAAAAGUGUAUUAAAAUUAGAGAUGUGAAAAAAGCAGAAGCGACCUUCUUCUCCCCUCUGUCCAGAAAACCAGCCCGUGUUUACCAACAGAAGAGAAGGAAGCCUCAGUGCCACUUUCCACACAGUUAUUUGUUUGUAUCGUUUUACUGGACAGGAGAAUUAAGCAGGAACGUACUGCCCGACGUACCUGUCUGCAGGACAGAGAAAGAGAUCGUACCUCAAUAUGGAAUCAUGGCAAAAGGAAAAAAGUUUCAUGGUGUCUAUUAGUGGCAGUUUUUGUUUCCGUCAGUUUUCAGUUAAAUGUUUAAUUGCUAGGGAAUAGAACUAAAUUAGUGCCUGCAAUGAGCCGUGGUUGUUUGUUAAAAUAUAAAUCUGCCAUUCUCCCCGGGGCCGGCUGGUUCCCCUCCUAGUCUGCAUAGUAGUACUUACGGUAUGGCCUCCCAUUUCUAGUGCCCUUGAGCCUGUGCCGUGGACCAACUUUGAAAAUGGUAUGCAUUGACUUGAAAAGGUGAACGAGCAGCAUAUUUACUAGGAGUGACUGCGUGCCUCCUCUGUGCCAAACGCUGGGCUUGGGGUGCCAGGAGAGACACACAAAUGUGUAAGGCGAGGUCCUUUUCUUGAAGGCUAUUAGAAUCUGCCCUUGCCAACAGGUAAAAUAGAACUUUGAUCAGUCAGUCGGCAGAACCUACUUGUUUAAAGUGACAUUCUUUAAUACAGGCCAUAGGUCAGUUAUUAGAAAACCAGUUGAUUUAUAGCCUCAAAUAAUGGUUUAUUUUUCUCUUUGACUUAUUACAAUAAGGACCUUCA